GCAGGAGGAUUUAAUAUUUUCUCCAUUUUUCUCCUUCGGUGGAGAAAUCCAUUUCUGCACUUCUAAAAAGAAAUGCAGCCAAUCCAUUAAUAAAUAUACACUAUGGGGGAUUCUAAGCAAAGCCAUUUUAGCUCACCAUUGUUGCAAAGCUUGGCUGAGGGAGAGUACUUUUUGUUUGGGAAAAACUAUGGACUGUAUGGAAUUGUGGGUGCAGUAGUUCUUGGUCUUCUCAUACCAAUACUACUUUCCCUGGCAAUUGUGGGUAAGAAAAAAGGUAAACAAAGGGGGUUGAGAGUAGAGGUUGGUGGUGAGACCGGUCUUACAAUGCGCAAUGCUAGAUUCACUGAAUUGGUUGAAGUUCCAUGGGAAGGAGCCACAACUAUGGCAGCUCUCUUUGAGCAAACUUGUAGAAAGCAUGCUCAGUUUCGAUUCCUUGGUUCAAGAAAGCUCAUCGCUAAAGACGAAAUCACAGCCAAGGAUGGAAGGAAGUUUGAAAAGUUCCAUCUGGGAGAGUAUGAAUGGAUAACAUAUGGAGAAGCAGUUGAUCGUGUUAGCAACUUUGCAUCAGGUCUAGUAAAAUUGGGUCACAGUAUGAGUAGCCCUGCUGCAAUUUUUUCUGAAACUCGAACAGAGUGGUUCCUUGCUUUUCAGGGCUGUUUCCGCCAGAAUAUUACAGUUGUCACAAUUUAUGCGUCUCUAGGAGAAGAUGCACUCAUCCACUCACUUAAUGAGACACAAAUAACAACCUUGAUCUGUGACUGCAAGCAAUUGAAAAAAUUGGCUGCGAUAAGCUCAAGUCUUGAAACUAUUAAAAACAUCAUUUACUUUGAAGAUGAUGGAUCUACUAUUCCUACGGAUCUCUUAGCUAGUAUGAGCAAUUGGACAAUUUCAUCUUUUUCUGAAGUGGAGAAGCAGGGGAGAGCAAAUACUACUCCUGCGAGACUUCCAUCCAAAACUGAUAUUGCAGUCAUCAUGUAUACAAGUGGCAGUACAGGGCUACCGAAGGGCGUGAUGAUGACUCAUGGCAACAUUGUAGCGACUGCAGCUGCUGUUAUGACAGUGAUUCCUGGAUUAGGCAGCAGUGAUGUAUACCUGGCAUACUUGCCCCUAGCACAUGUGUUUGAACUUGCAGCUGAGGUUGUGAUGAUGUCUGUGGGUUGUGCAAUUGGCUACGGUUCAGCAUUGACCUUAACUGACACCUCAAGUAAAAUAAAGAAAGGGACGUUAGGAGAUGCAACUGUGUUGAAGCCUACCCUUAUGGCUGCAGUUCCAGCUAUUUUAGAUCGUGUUCGAGACGGGGUGCUGAACAAGGUUGAGGAAAAGGGUGGGUUAGGAAAAAAACUUUUCAACAUUGGAUUUAAACGCAGACUGGCAGCUAUUGAGGGAAGCUGGGUUGGAGCUUGGGGACUAGAAAAAGUUUUGUGGGAUGCCAUAAUUUUUAAAAGAAUACGCUCUGUUCUGGGAGGAGAUAUCCGAUUUAUGCUUUGCGGUGGAGCUCCUUUGUCUGGUGAUACACAACGCUUCAUCAAUAUCUGCGUAGGGGCUCCUAUAGGCCAGGGAUAUGGCUUGACUGAAACAUGCGCUGGAGCAGCAUUUUCUGAAUGGGAUGAUGACACUGUGGGUCGUGUGGGUCCACCUCUUCCUUGCGCUUACAUUAAGCUGAUUUCCUGGGAAGACGGGGGUUAUAGGAUUUCUGACAAACCAAUGCCACGAGGAGAGGUUGUAAUUGGAGGAUGCAGUGUAACUUCCGGGUACUUCAAAAAUGAUGCUAAAACUGCAGAGGUUUACAAAGUGGAUGAGAAUGGUCUGCGAUGGUUUUACACUGGUGAUAUUGGACAGUUUCACCCUGAUGGAUGCCUUGAAAUCAUUGAUAGGAAGAAAGAUAUUGUCAAACUUCAGCAUGGAGAGUACAUCUCCCUUGGGAAGGUUGAGGCAGCACUAUCGUCAAGCAACUAUGUGGAUAAUAUCAUGGUCUAUGCAGAUCCUUUCCACAAUUAUUGUGUAGCAUUGGUAGUCCCUUCACAGAAGACCCUUGAAAGCUGGGCCCAAGGGGCUGGUGUCCAGUACAAAGACUUCUCAGAUUUGUGCCUCAAAGAUGAAGCAGUUCGAGAGGUCCAGCAAUCCCUUUCUAAGGUGGCAAAAGAUGCUAAGCUUGACAAGUUUGAAUUUCCAGCAAAAAUGAAGCUUUUGCCAGAGCCAUGGACACCCGAGUCUGGAUUAGUAACUGCUGCUCUCAAGUUAAAGAGGGAACAGUUGAAGGCCAAAUUCAAACAUGAGCUUCAAAAGUUAUAUGAAUGAAACUGUGAACUCAUCUUUGUUUACCUUUCUUGAGCUAAUAGUUUUCAGUGCAGUUGAGACAUUAUCAAUUUCUGUAUAACUUUUUAUGUGAUGUUUUCUAGUUAUAAAUUCUCAUAAUUUUGUGAC